UCAUCAAUGCUCACACCAAUCGGUCCGUUCCCAUACUCUCCUUUAAUGGCUUCUGAGAGAUAUUUAAGUUUAGCAAAAAAAUCCUAAGCUUCUACAAUGGCGAAUCUUCCCACCGUUCUCGUCACCGGCGCUAGUGGCAGAACAGGCCAGAUUGUGUAUAAGAAGCUGAAGGAGGGGUCAGACAAGUUUGUAGCAAAGGGUUUAGUUAGAAGUGCUCAAGGAAAAGAGAAAAUUGGAGGAGAAGCUGAUGUUUUCAUUGGGGAUAUAACAGAUGCUGAUAGCAUUAACCCUGCGUUUCAAGGAAUCGAUGCGCUUGUGAUUCUCACUAGUGCUGUGCCUAAAAUGAAACCUGGUUUUGAUCCCACUAAAGGUGGAAGACCUGAGUUCAUUUUCGAAGAUGGACAGUAUCCUGAACAAGUUGAUUGGAUUGGACAGAAGAAUCAAAUUGAUGCAGCCAAGGUUGCUGGUGUUAAGCAUAUUGUCGUGGUCGGGUCAAUGGGUGGUACCAAUCCGGAUCAUCCUUUGAACAAACUGGGAAAUGGGAAUAUACUGGUUUGGAAGAGAAAGGCUGAACAGUACCUUGCUGAUUCUGGAACUCCUUACACAAUUAUCAGAGCUGGAGGACUUCUAGAUAAGGAAGGCGGUGUACGAGAGCUGCUAGUUGGUAAAGACGAUGAGCUACUUCAGACAGACACGAAAACCGUCCCCAGGGCUGAUGUUGCAGAAGUCUGCAUUCAGGCAUUGCUGUUCGAGGAGGCCAAGAACAAAGCUUUCGAUCUCGGCUCAAAGCCAGAGGGAACCAGUACCCCAACCAAAGACUUCAAGGCUCUCUUCUCUCAAGUCACCUCUCGUUUUUAAAUCAUUAUCUUUGUUGCCAAUAAGAACAUUUGGGAUCAAACCUUCUAAAAUAAAUUCUGUAGUGUCUAUUUGAAAGGAUACGUUCUUUCAAUUCAAUGAGAAUAUUGGGGUUGAAUGUUCAAAAUUUAAAAUUUUGAUCAUACAGUAACUUCUCCAGAGCUAUUCAUUGAGGUGAAACACUUAUUUUCAUUUAGUCUAACACAUCAAUCUUAUAGCCAACCCCUUUAACAAAUUAAAGAAUCUACUUUGUUAACGUUUUGGAAUUAAAAAUAGAAAUUUCAGUUGAAAGGAGACGAUGAACCCUUUAAGAGACGUCAUGAAGAUCGAAUUAAAUCUGCAGUUGAAAUCGCUAGACGGGAUACUUUGGAUGAUUCGUUAUCAAUUUGGUGUUAUAGGAGCGUGAAGAACGAAAGAAACGAAUGAGAUUUGACAGGCACUCUCGAAACUCUCAGCUGGUUUUUCGUGAUCAGUCUUAUCAGAACAGAGACAUUAGAGUUUAUGAUCAAAGCAAG